AUGGCGUAUGGUUCUGCAGCGGAUGCGUAUGACGAAUACCUCCGUCUUGCUGAAAGCACCGCUAUGUUAUGUUUGGAAAAGUUUGUUGAAGGAAUAGUUCAUUUAUUUGGAGAUGAGUAUCUACGCAGACCCACACCAGAAGAUGUUCAACGACUACUCGAUAUUGGAGAGAUACGCGGAUUUCCCAGGAUGAUAGGAAGCAUAGAUUGUAUGCAUUGGGAGUGGAAGAAUUGCCCGAUUGCAUGGAAAGGUACAUUAAACGAUAUCAAUAUUCUCGAUCGCUCACCAGUUUUUGAUGACAUAUUACAAGGUGUAGCUCCCAAAGUAAAAUACAUUGUCAACGGACGACAAUAUCAUAUGGCUUACUAUCUCACCGAUGAUGUCGAGCGUGCUUUUGGAGUCUUGCAAGCUCGAUUUGCCAUAGUCAAAAACCCAGCUCUUAUGUUGGAUAAGGUAAAAAUUGGAAACAUAAUGAGAGCAUGUAUCAUAUUGCACAACAUGAUUGUAGAAGAUGAACGUGAUGGGUAUACUCAGUAUGAUGAGGCCACAUUUGCACAAGUAAAUCAAACCGAACUUCAGAAGUGGAUUUCACGUAUUCUAUAG